GCAAAGAUAGUCUACAUCUUUAGAUUUUUUGGUAGAAAUCGUCCUUCCAUUUUAUUGGUGUGUCAUAUUCGUUUUUCUGGGUACUGUGUGAUAUUUUCUACUUUUUUCUGGGCAUUAUGUGAUGUUUUCUAGAACUUAUCCAUUCACACGAUUUUGUUUAGAGUGUUCUUCACCGUUUUGUUGGCUAAUCACAGCUGGAUUGGUGUUAAAUCUUCUUUUUCAUUUUUUUAAAACUUUUUCCACAUUCAUUUUCUUUCUAUGUUUCGAUCUACCGUUCUUUCUGUUUUGUCUCUUCCAUUUCUUCCUCUAAUCACACAUGUAUAUCUUCCCACCGUCUUCAACCUUUUUACCUUUUUGGGUGCUUCGGAUACUUUAUUAUUAUUUUGUUUUUCCUUUUGUUAUGUCUACCAAUUGUAAGCGACAGUAUGUUGGUGUUGGAUCGUCGUCUGCUGGGGCUGACUUUGGUUCUUGUUCGGGUCCUGUUGUUGCCCCUGUUCUUCAUCAUAGUCGAUAGUCCUCACGUAUGUGGUUCACUGAUGUUCUUAUCGACUAUCUCGGUUUAGGUGACUGUGAUUGUGUUUGCGAAUAUUAUGGCGCUUUUUUUUGGUUUGUUGAAAGAAGCUUCAAACUAUCUACAACUCAUCAUCCGAGAUAUUGUCGAUGUUACCGCCUCCAAUCCCUCUAUAUGUUCCAUUGUCGAUCGUUUCACAGUCACCACGUUAGUCCAGGAGCAGUGGACGAACUCGCUGCUCGCCUACCCUCAUUUCCUUUGUUGUUUCAAAUUAGAUCCGUGUGCUAUCGAAAACGCAUCAUCGGCUGCUUCGAAUCCAACAUUCUCCCGAAACCCUUUCCAUCUUACUUUCACUGCUUCUUCACGAUGUAGCUCCUUCUGUGAAGCCAAAACUUCUGAUUUACAAAUUUGGGAUGGUUCCCCUGGAAGACGUUUUUGUUUGCUAAUGUUGGAGGAUAUGCACUUGAUUCCCAUCAUGGAUUUCUGGUGGAACACGGAUUGAUUGAGAUAUGGAAUUGGGGUCUCAUGGGGAUGCUUCAGAGUUGACUUUAAAUGUCUGUGUGGGUUUGGGGAAAUAGUUUGUUGGUGGAGAGCUGUUUUUUACACGUGUUAGGUGUGAGAAACAAAUGCAUACCGAAUCACACUACCUGAGUCAUGCAAUUAUUCAGACAUGGCGCUACAACCACUACAAGUGGAAAUAGGGUCAAUUUAGAGAGGUUUGAAAACACAGGGAAGGAGUUUACAACUACCUGGUAUGGUGAAUGUUAAUGGGAGAGCAGAGAAAAGCUUGAUCAGGUUGUGGUCACUUUAUGCCAGAACUCUCAAACUUACUUAUGAAGAGUAGAAGCUUUCGAUAGAGGUAUAACUAACUUCAAAAUUCUUGAGAAAAUUUCAUUUUAGGUCCUUCAAUUUAGAUGAUUUUUGCCAAGUUUGGUCCUAAACUGUCUGUUCAAUUCACGGUCCUUGAGAUUUUUGUGACCAUUUUAGUCUAUGUUCCAUGUAAUAUGACAAUAUUACC